AUGGAGAUAAAUGUUGCCGAAGCGUUAGACUACCAGCCUCUUGCCUUAGCAAGCGCUGCCACUUACAUCAGAGAGGUUCGAAAGAUGUCGAGUUUUGGUUGGAAUGACUACCUAACGGAAUUGAAGAAUGGCCGACGAAGUACCACUGAGAUCUUUCUCGCUGAAACCAACCCAUGCUAUCCAAAGUCCAUGACCACAGCAACAACACUGGCCGUAGAAAAAGCCAUGGCAACCGACAAAGUUAUUCAUCACGCCUUUAAUUUCCUCUCAAUUUGUGCACCCCAGCCAUUAGUUCUUAACAUCAUCGUGGACUACAUCAUAGGCAUGGCUAAGGAAAUUGAAGACAAAGAGAUUCGUUUGAAGAUACAAAGGUGCUCAUUGCUUGUCUUUAAGAGAGAGGAAAGAGAAUUCUACAUUCGUGUUCAUCAGGUUGUGCACAGCGCCAUUAAAACUGUGACUGAGGCUUAUUCCAAUGACAAGAACAACGAGGUCGUCAACGGCGUUUUUGGAUCGUUCAAAAGUCUGGUAAAACAUUUCCUUUCAAAGAGUAACGACGAUCUACAUGCUCUUGUAAACGGCAGGCAUGUCAUUCCCCAUUUGAGACCUCUAGCUGCAAACCUUGAAAGGAAUUUCCCUCAACAGAUCAUCUCUCAGGUCGACAAAAGCGAGUUUUUAAUCAUGGAUUAUCCUCAUGACUUUCGAGCAUUCGGCAAGUUUUCCUAUCGCCAUUCUGAAUUCGAAGCAGCAAGAAGUUAUUUCAAUCUGGCAUUAAACUUGUUCAACGUGUUUCAGCCAGAUGCUGUCUUAGCUAUUGCAGCUACUCACAAUAAAUUAGGUAGUGCAAACAGUAAACUGGGCGAACUAGCAAAGGCGGCACAUCAUUAUAAUCGUGCAUUGACCAUCUACAUGGAGAGAUUUGGACCAGAGCAUAAUGGCGUCGCGAAGUCUUGCAACAACGUUGGUUCUGUCCACGACGAACUUGGAGACUUGGAAAAAGCAAAAGGUUACUUUCACCGUGCACUGGACAUUCGUCUGAAAAACUACAGAGUAAAUCACCUGAAACUUACCACUACUUAUAAUCACAUGGGAAAUGUACAUAAAAAGCUGGGUGACCUGAAGCAAGCAGAACAUUAUCAUAAUUACGCACUGUCCAUUAGGCUGAAAGAGCUCGGGCCGGAGCAUGUUGAUGUCGCCAUUUCUUGUAAUAACCCGGGUCGGGUACACCAUAACCAGGGUAACCUAUCGAAGGCAAGAGACUACUAUAAUCGUGCACGGGCCAUAUUUUUGAAAAAGCUUGGACCUGACCAUGUUCAUAUGGCAACUACUUACAGCAACCUCGGUCAGGUGCACCGUGAGCUCGGCAACCUGGGUCGAGUACACCAUAAACAGGGUCACCUAAAGAAGGCAAGAGAUUACGAUAAUCGUGCACGGGCCAUAUUUUUGAAAAAGCUUGGACCUGACCAUGUUCAUGUGGUAACUACUUACAGCAGUCUGAGUCAGGUACACCGUGAGCUCGGUAACCUGGAUCGUGCAGAAGAUUAUUAUCAUCGUGCAUUCGUCAAAGAAUUGAGCUCAGAUCUGGGCAUGUUGACGUUGCAAACUUUCAUAAUAACCUGA